UGUCAAGCUUCAGCGCUGACGACAUCGACGAUAAGCAACGUCACGGCUUGUUUCAUGGGUGGUUCGGUGGCUCUUGCCGAGAACUCUGCGGCGAUUUCCUGAAACGUGUCUUGAAGUAAAUAUUGAGUUGGUGAGUGCCUCGUAGAAUGUGAGCGCAGUGCUCACACUAAACAGUCAAACGAAGUGUACGGCCCGUUGUCGCUUUCAUAAUGUCUCUGAACAUACGUGAGAAGCAGAUCGCUGCUCUGAAGCAGAUGCUGAACUUCAAUGUUCCUCAGACAAAAGGAGCCUUUGCUGAGCCGGUCUGGAAGCUUCUAGUGUACGACCGGUGCGGACAGGACAUCAUAUCGCCGCUGUUAUCUGUGAAGGAGCUGCGGGACAUGGGCAUGACGCUUCACAUGCUGUUGCACUCCGACAGAGAUCCCAUUCCAGAGGUACCAGCGAUCUACUUCGUCGCACCGACUGCCGAGAACGUCACGCGAAUAUCCCAGGACUUUCGCAAUGAACUGUACGACCAGUAUUACCUCAAUUUCGUGUCGCCCGUAUCACGACAGCACCUAGAGGACCUGGCAUCGGCGGCGCUGCAGGCGAACUGCGUUGCCAACGUCUCCAAGGUGUUCGACCAAUACCUCAACUUCAUCACCCUGGAAAACGACCUGUUCUUGUUGAAGCACAACGAUCGGGACGCGGUGUCCUACUACGCCAUCAACAGGGGCGACGUGAAGGACACCGAGAUCGACAGCAUCAUGGAUAAUAUCGUCGACUGUCUCUUUUCGGUGUUUGCCACUCUGGGCACAGUGCCCAUCAUCCGCAGUCCCAAGGGCAACGCCGCCGAGAUGGUGGCCGAGAAGUUGGACAAAAGGAUGCGCGAGAACUUGCGCGAUUCUCGAAACAGCCUGUUCCUGGACACCGCACAUGUGGGCGGCCAGUUCAGCUUCCAGAGGCCACUCCUUGUGGUCCUUGAUCGUAACAUGGACAUGGCGACGCCGCUGCACCACACCUGGACCUACCAGGCCCUCACUCACGAUGUCCUCGAUUUGAACUUAAACCGGGUUUCCCUGGAAGAAGCUUCAUCCUCACUGCCGUCCUCGGAGCAUGUAGGUGCCAGGCCGCGCAAAAAUAAUAAAACCUUCGAUCUGACUCAAGCCGACAAGUUCUGGCAGCAACACAAGGGCAGUCCUUUCCCGACGGUGGCUGAAGCGGUACAAGAGGAGCUGGAAGCAUACCGCGCUCAGGAGGACGAGGUGAAGAAGCUCAAGGCCGCAAUGGGCCUCGAAGGGGACCGCACGGACGAAGCGAUGACAAUGCUGUCUGACAACACGGCAAAGCUGACUUCGGCCGUCAGCUCAUUGCCUGAGCUGCUUGAACGCAAGCGGCUCAUUGACAUGCACACGAGCAUUGCGACGGCCAUUUUGGAGCACAUCAAGGCCCGUAAGCUUGAUCUCUACUUUGAGACUGAGGAGAAGCUGCUUGGGCGGCAGGCACUCGACCGUUCUCUGUUGGACCUCAUCAACGACCCUGAAGCUGGAAUGCCUGAGGACAAGCUGCGCGUGUUCCUCAUGGCUUACGUGCUUGGUUUGGAUGGAGCGCUCGAAUACGAAGAGGCGUUGGAGAGAGCGGGCUGCGACCUGCGGCCUCUGCGCUACCUGCGUCGAUGGAAGGACUAUGCUCGCGUCACGGCUCCGCAGCCCUUGGGCUCUUACGGCGGCGGCCCUCGCACAGUGGGCAUGUUCUCGAAGCUCAUGAGCCAGGGCUCCCAGUUUGUCAUGGAGGGCGUCAAAAACUUGGUAGUGAAAAAGCACAAACUGCCCAUCACCCGGUUGCUGGACGCUCUGAUGGAGCUCAAGUCGCUGCCGGAGACCGAUGACUACCGCUACCUGGAUCCCAAGCUGCUGGGACGAGCAGAGGCUCGGGCACAAGCACCAUUCCAGGAAGCCGUCGUCUUCGUUGUUGGCGGUGGCAACUACAUAGAGUACCAAAAUUUGGUAGAUUACACCCGGGGCAAGUCAAAAAAGGUGGUGUAUGGCUGCACGCAACUUACCAGUGCAGCGCAGUUCCUCGAGCAGCUGGCGCGGCUCGGUGCAGAGAUAAAAUGAGUAGCUCUGUCCAGAAGUAUGCUGCCAAAGCGGCGUGCUAUUAAUAUACACGAAGCACACUGGCAAAGGCGGUAGCUUUGGGAGAAAAGGGAAAAUGAAUCAGUUACCUAUGAACCAAAUAAAUGAAAAGACCGGCAA